AUGGCGGAGACCAGUGCCCUGCUGCACAGCUCAUCGGGCCUUACCCAUCCGGUCCCUAGUCUGAAUACGUUCAGGCCCCGCAUGGGUCAAACUUUCAAGCUUACGGUUAUGGUACAGCCGCUGUAUCCUGAUUUCCAGUUCCACGUUGAACAGCAUGCCCUGAUUCUGCUUGCAGACCUGAAACAUUUCGAGAAAGGUCAUGCACUAUCGGUGGAAUUGGGCCCUAGAGGCUUGGGAAGAAAUUUGGACAGAGCCUCCCCAUUUUGCAAGCACUACAUGCAUCAUAUCGACCCUGACAAUCUCAAAAGUGAGACCUGGAAGCACGCAGAGGAUAAAUUGCCCACUGUGCAACUACCUCUGACCCGUGAACGUAUCCGUGAAGAGAGCUGGGAGGAAAUUUGGCGGUCAAUGUACUACAAUCAGCGGUUCAAGACUGACCCAGACCUCCCAAUUGUCGUACGCAAUCGGGCAGAGGAACGCAUUUGUUUUGAACGCGAUGGUCAUGCCUGUAUGUUGACAGGGAAGAAGGGUGACCUAACUCUCUUCUGGUUUAUCCCGCCCACGUGGAACAACAAUGUGGAUGGAAACAAUGUCACGGGCAAUCUGUAUUUCUCAGGUCAUAUCUUGGCUGACGUCGAUCUUAUGGAUGAUAUCCUCAGCGUGACCGAGCUUGGCAAGAGCCACAAAGCAUGGAACAUGAUUUGCGUUGACCGAACUCUGUACAGAUUCCUGUCAACCGGUUGGUGUGCGUUCAAGUUUCAGGGUACCACCCGACGCCAUGACGGAAAAUUCGAUGUGCUUUUGCGGUUCUACUGGAUGCCUCAGUUGACAGCGCGAUUCAACAAACCCACUAACAACUUCGACAUGGAAAACAUCAUACGGGAGUUCAAGGCAUUUGUUCAAUCAGACUGUCCCCAGCCGCCUCACUAUCCCAAGGAGUCUCCGGCACCUGAAUCUGGCUACCUCAUCCGCCUUGUUAUGACACAAGAAGAAGGGAGAAAGACCGAGUCUGCAGUCAAGGUACACUGGGCAUGUGUAGUGUACACGGCUCUUUGCGGUGGUGCCGGGCGCUCUCAGUUCCUGACUGGUAUGGAUCAGAGCGAUGGGUCUUUGGUGCCCAGGGACAAUGAGUUCGAAGAAGCGAAGGAGCGGUUAGAAUUGAAACAUCGGGUGGCCGAGAUGGGGUGGAAGAAGGCUUACCGAGAGACUCGCAAUCGUAUCAAGGAUACGUUCAAAAGGGCAGAAUCUGAUUACCCUUUACACUCCUCGAUCUGCAAAAACGACUUAUCGUCCUUGCAAGAAGUGCUUGGUUCCCACGAGGCUUCAUUUUUGUUGUCGACUGGUGAUGGCUGUUGGGGAACUCCGCUACACGUGGCAGUCUAUUUGGACAAAAUCGAGGCAGUAAAUAUACUAUUGCAAAGUGGCGUCGACGUCGCUGCUGGUUCAUCCGAACACGAGCAUCGCUUAUCGCCACUAGCAUUAACUGCACGUUUGGGUAACCAACGCCUCCUUUGGCGAUUAUGGCAGCAUCUUCACUCGCAAACAGUGGUAAAGGAGAAAAACGUCAACUCAUGUCUAUUUGAAGCCUCAAUCAACGGUCAGAUCACUGUCCUACAUGCUCUAUUGACAUGGAAGGAAUGGACAACAGAAGCCAAGAACGAGGCUUUAUUUUGGGCAGCACAGAGCUGGAAGGCAUAUUCUGUUGAACUCCUUACUACCGAACUGUCCUUUUGCCAAGACGUUUUAGACAAGGCUCUGCAUCAUGCAGUUGACUUCAGGCCUUUAAUUAGAGACGACUUCAAACUUGACUACAAUGGUGAUGAUUAUCUGCAGCAACAGCUUUUGAUCGCACACUUGGUCGAUGUUGGAGCUGAUCCGAACGCUAUUAUCAAUGGACAGCCACCAAUCAUUACUGCCGCUCGCUCUAUAAGUCUGGUUGGAGCUUUGAAAGUGUUGCUCGAUAAGGGAGCCAACCCAGACGCUACUGAUUGCAGGGGGAAGUCAGCAUUGCACUUUCUGGGUUCACCAACCGCUUUAAACCGAAGUGGACCCGUAGUGCGUUUGAAUGAGACCGCGAUUCGUAUUCUUCUCAGUCACAAUGUCUCCGUUUCGCUGGGGGAUAAUGAGUCUGGAGCUAAUCCCCUUCACGCUGUCGCUUUUGGCUCCAACCUUAACACGGUACAGUUAUAUCUAUCCUCUUGCCCAUCGGACGAAAGAAGUCAAGUAUUGAGAUCCAAGAACAACUUCGGCGAAACGUUACUACAUUACGCAGCUGCGGGAGCCAAGCGUGAUAUUGUGGAGUUUCUUCUCAGCCAAGGGCUUGAUGUCAAUAGUAUCAACACAAAUAGCUGGACACCCCUACAUUGCGCCUUAACCCCAGCGAGGCAAGGCCCGCAGCUAAACGGGUUCUCAAAGUCAACAUCUGAAGCUUUGGGAAUUGCAAAGAUACUUCUCUUUCACGGCGCCGACCCUCGUGCUGUUACAGCUGAGGGAUGGACGCCACUGCAUUGCCUUUCCCUCUUCGCUGGCAGAAAGAAAGAAAAUGCCGAACUUGCCCAGUUCGUGGACAACAUGAUCCAUCGUGGUGUUGAUAUACACGCCCGAGCAACAUUUCUGUUUUGGAAUGAACUGGGCGACGUAGAACCCAAGUAUUAUUGCUGGGGUCACGAAGUCCAAGAGAGCAUACGGGAUCCUGAGAGCUCAGGGGCGAUAGUACGGUUUGGUUACAAUCCACUGCAUUUCGCAGCUGCCCAUGGUAGCAUAAGUAUGGCCAAGGCUUUGCUUGAACAUGGGGCUGAUCCACUUUGUAAAGAUGCGAGAGGAAAUACUGCAAUCAAGAUAGCAGCUAAUUCGUUAUUGUUGGACGAUUGCCCAAGCGUACGACAAGCUAUGGUAAAGCUUCUAGCAGAGGCAGCUGAUCUUUAUUUAUCUUAG